ACGUAGGAACCACGUGACGUGGCCUGCGUCACAUGACUGUACUGUUCGCCGUGUAACCAUGGCUUCUCACUUGUCUUAUGGCCGAGUCAAUCUAAAUAUUUUGAGAGAAGCAGCAAGGAAGGAGCUUCGCGAAUUUCUGGACAAAUGCGCAGGAAGCAAGGCCAUCGUAUGGGACGAGUACCUUACUGGACCGUUUGGAUUAAUAGCUCAGUAUUCAUUGUUGAAGGAACAUGAAGUGGAAAAGAUGUUUACACUCAAACCGGGGCGCGUGCCACCAGCUGAUGUCAAAAACGUUAUCUUCUUUGUACGACCAAAACUGGAGUUGAUGGACAUUAUUGCUGAGAAUGUAAUGAGCGAGGACAAGUUACAGCCACAACGCGAGUUCCACAUACUGUUCGUACCUCGGCGCAGUCUGCUAUGUGAGCAGCGGCUAAAGGAACAAGGCGUCCUCAACUCCUUCACCAACAUAGAUGAGUACAUUCUUGACCUCAUCCCCUACGACGGAGACCUGCUCUCCAUGGAGUCUGAAAGUGCAUUCAGGGAGUGUUAUCUUGAGAACGACCAGACGAGCCUGUAUCACACUGCUAAGGGUUUGAUGACUCUGCAGGCACUGUAUGGAACGAUCCCUCAGAUCUUUGGCAAAGGAGAAUGUGCAAGGCACGUAGCGAACAUGAUGCUGCGGAUGAAGAGGGAGUUUGCUGGCAGUCAGAAUCAAAUCCUGCCCGUGUUUGACACGCUCUUGUUGUUGGACCGAAAUGUGGACCUGCUCACUCCACUAGCCACACAGCUCACCUACGAAGGCCUCAUCGAUGAGAUCUACGGCAUCACUAAUGGUUAUGUGAAGCUUCCCCCUGAGAAGUUUGCCCAAAAGAAGGCAGGUGAAGGAGGUAAAGAUCUGCCCACCGAGCCUAAGAAGUUACAGCUCAACUCAGCCGAGGAGCUGUACGCUGAAAUCCGUGACAAGAACUUCAAUGCUGUAGGAGCAGCACUUAGCAAGAAGGCCAAGAUCAUCUCUGCUGCAUUUGAAGAACGCCACAAUGCAAAGACAGUUGGAGAGAUUAAGCAGUUUGUAUCCCAGCUGCCCCACAUGCAGGCUGCUCGCACCUCGCUGGCCAAUCACACGUCCAUUGCUGAGCUCAUCAAAGACAUCACCACCUCAGAAGUUUUUUUUGAUAACUUGACAGUGGAGCAAGAGUUUAUGACCGGAGUGGAUACAGACAAGAUUAACACUUACAUAGAGGACUGCAUAGCGAAGAAGGACCCGCUUAUCAAGAUCCUCCGGCUGGUCUGCAUGCAGUCCGUCUGCAAUAAUGGUCUUAAACAGAAAAUUCUUGAUUUUUACAAGAGAGAGAUCCUGCAGACGUACGGAUAUGAGCACAUUCUGACCCUCAACAACUUGGAGAAGACCGGCUUACUCAAACCACAGACCACAACGAGGAACAACUAUCCCACCAUCAGGAAAACACUCAAGCUCUGGAUGGAAGAUGCAAAUGAACAGAACCCCAACGACAUCUCGUAUGUGUACAGCGGUUACGCUCCUCUCAGCGUGAGGCUUACUCAGGUUCUGGCUCGGCCAGGCUGGAGGAGCAUUGAGGAGGUGCUGAAAAUGCUGCCUGGGCCACACUUUGAGGAGAGACAGCAGCUUCCACCUGGUCUCCAUAAGAAACGUCAGCAGGGAGAGAACAGGACAACGCUGGUGUUCUUUCUCGGCGGUGUGACGUACGCAGAAAUCGCCGCACUCCGCUUUCUGUCUCAGAUGGAAGACGGUGGGACGGAGUACAUCAUUGCCACCACCAAACUCAUCAAUGGCACCAGCUGGAUAAAAUCUCUAAUGGACCGCCCUGAAGCACAAAUACGCUGAAAAUGUCCCAUGCGCAAUUUAGAACACAUGCUAAUUUAUCUCGUAUACAGAAGUACAAACUCAAUGCCUUUAAGUCAUUAAGUGUUCUCUUUUUAUUAACCCCCUUUUCUGGCAAUGCACCAGACGCGGUUCCCAGUGCGCUCUUUAUUGAAAGCCUGUUAGUAACCAUUGCCAAUAAGCCUGUUAGUAACCAUUGCAAUAACACUGAUCCCUUGAUUUUAAAAAAAUCCCCAGUGAGGUGCAAUAGUGAGCUUAUUUCUCUGACAUGAGUGUAUUUUCCUUCAUAUUCCUUCUAUAUGAACUCUUCUAAGGAGGAAAUUAAGAGUGUCGGUGGGUAGCAUUGCUGCCUCAAAGCUGUAGAGUUCGAUCCUGAUCCCGGGAGUUUCUCCUGUUCUCCUUCAUGUCUAUGUAAGUUUCCUCUGGGUUCUCCAGUUUCCUCCUGAAAACAUUCCAGCAGGUGGAUUGACUACACUAAAUUUCCCCUAAGUGUGUGUGUGUGUGUGUGUGUGUGUGUGGACAGUGCCCUGGCGUCCCAUCCAGGGUGUAUAUUCGUGUCUUGCACCCAGUUUUCCUGGAAUCGGCUCCGGAUUCACCGCAACCCUGCCUGAAUGAGAACAAAGUAGAAGGAGCAUUGAGAAUAUAUGGAUGCAUGCUGCUUACUGACCUGUGAAAAUUGUAUUUGUGGUUG